AUCAUUUUUAAAGGAUUUUUUUGUAUAAGUUUUCUUUAAUAUAUAAUUUUUCUAUAAAAAAUUGUAGUUGAGCAUUUCGAGGAGUAAUAUGCUAUUACAAACAUGGCCUCCAAGAAAUAUGAGAGGGAUGUGAGUUCUACUGGAUCGAUAACCCUUUCACAUAUUUUGAAUAAGCACGCAUUUGUUGUCAGGCAAUUUGGGCUUAACUCGGGUUGAAUUUGAGCGGAUAAUCUCUAGUUUGCAAGGGUCUAGAUAAGUCUCAGCACAAUUUGAACUAAUUUUGAAUAAUCUCUCAACCCACCCAAACUUGCCCGAGUUGCAUUGCUUACAAUUUUGCUAAUAGCCCAAUGGGUCUAUGAAGGUUGUUGAACAAGUUUGGGUGCAGAGGUCCAUCAAAUGUUUUUUAGUUUUUUAGAUGGUGGUCCCUCAAAUGUUAUAAAGAUCAAUCGUGACGCACACCAUUACUAUCCUUCCGAACAUAGUAGAAAAAUAGCAAAUGGCAUCUAAAAUUCUAUGACAUACUUUCAAUUGCCAUUGGGAUUUUUUCCUAUAAAUACUCGCUCCAAUCUCCUCACUUUGGCAUUUAAACAAACACCUGAAAUACAAUUUGCUAAACAUACCUUUAAUCUUCGAUAUCAUAUCAAUGGGGACGAACUCAAUCUCUUGGGCUCAUGGGUUAGCCUUCCUACGGCGAGGGUGAGAAUUGCCUUUGCUGAGAAAGGGGUAACAGACUAUGAGUCUAGGGAAGAGGACCUCAUCAACAAGAGCCCACUGCUCUUCAAGUUGAACCAUGUUCACAAACUAAUCCCUGUGUUGAACCAUAACGGUAAACCGUUGUUCGAGUCACUCAUCAUUGUUGAGUACAUCAAUGAAGUUUGGAAUCACAAAUCUCCAUUGUUGCCUUCUGAUCCUCACCACCAAUCCCAUGCUAGGUUCUGGGCUAAUUAUGUUGACAAGAAGAUAUAUAGUCUUGUGAGGCCACUAUUUUUAUCCACAGGUAAAGCCAAAGAAGAAGCAAAGAAUGACCUUGUAGGGUGCUUUAAGGUGUUGGGAGGAGAGCUUGGAGACAAACCUUACUUUGGGGGUGAGAUAUUUGGGAUUGUGGAUGUAGCACUGAACCAAUUCUAUAGCUUCUUCUAUACAUUUGAGCAGAAUGGCAAUUUCGGCAUGGUGGCAGAGUGCCCUAAACUUGUUCGGGCGCAUAGGUGCUUGAAAAAGGACAGUUUGUCAAAGGCUCUUCCUUCCUGACCAGUACAAGGUCUAUGACUUCUUGUUGGAGAUCAUGAAGAAGCUUCAGGCUAAGUAAAUCACCAUAAGAUUGUUUGAUUGAAGUCUUGUGACAUAUUGUUUCAUUAGUUCUCUUUUUGUCUCUUUGUCUCUAGAGAGGACAUCCUAGCGGGGGUGGAUACAUGAUUCCUUUUAAAAGUUGAGCCGAUCCAAAGAAAGUCGUAUAGCAAAUUUCAUUGGAGAAAGUCAUACAGCAAAUUCCUUUUAUUUUAAUGAAUUUUUUUAUUUGUAAUUAAUGAAUAUAAAUAAGAGGUAUCAUUAUAUAUAAACUUGUUUGUAUAAAUGAGAUUUUCUA